UACACUCCACAAAUAUGGCAGAUUCUCAAGGAAAAGUAAUCAUAUUGACGGGAGCUUCAAGAGGUAUCGGCCUCGCAAUAUCCCACUAUCUCCUCACCCAUCACCACAAACUCGUCGUCCUCGCCCGGACGCACUCCGCGCUAGACCAACUACACUACCAGUAUCCAGAACAAGUCGAGGUUCUUGCAGGGGAUCUCUCCGACUUCUCUUUUGGGGCCAAGGCCGUUGAAGUAGCGAUUUCAAGAUGGGGCAAGUUAGACGCCGUGAUUGUGAAUCAUGGCGUCCUGGAUCCGGUGAAGAAGGUUGCGAAUACGGAUGUUGAGGAGUGGAGAAAGGCUUUUGAUAUCAAUGUAUUUAGUGGGAUUAGUCUUAUCCAGACUGCCCUUCCCUAUAUCCGAACCUCUAAAGGUCGCAUCAUCCUGACCUCCUCCGGUGCGGCUAUAAAUGCGUACACAGGUUGGGGGGCCUACGGGGCCGGCAAAGCUGUAUUCAAUCAUCUCGCCCUUACCCUCGCUAUCGAAGAACCGGAUGUCACGACAAUUUCCGUACGACCAGGCGUCGUCGACACCGAAAUGCAACGCGAGAUCCGCGAGAAACACAACAUAGCAAUGGAUGCAAAGGAUGCAGAAAAGUUUAGAAGUUUGAAGGAGGGUGGGAGUUUGUUGCGGCCAGAGCAGCCGGGCCAUGUUAUUGCGAAGCUUGCUGUUGAGGAUGGGGUUGGGAAGGAGUUAAGUGGGAAGUUUCUCAACUGGAAUGAUGAUGUGCUAAAAGCGUUUCAAGAGAAAUAAGAAGGAAUUUGAGGCAGCGCGU